AUGCAGUCCGGUAUAUCAGUCUCAUCAGAGCUCCAAAAUGCCUUCCAAGCAUUCACCUCCGACGAAUCUCAAUUUGCACUCCCUAUAACCAUCGACUCCGAAAGCCUCAAACCCCGACCCUCAAUCCCCUUUUCGGAGUCAUCCUUCUACUCCUCCUUACCACAACUCCAAUCCGUCCUCGAGCCUCGAACACCACUUUUCCUCGUCCUUCGUCACCAUUCAUCCUCCGUCGGGGGACUGGUGGCCUUGACAUACAUCCCCUCCAACGCCGGUGUUCGCGCAAAGACAUUAUUUGCCUCGACCCGCACCACAUUGACUCGCGAACUAGGCAGCGAGAAGUUCGUAACCACGAUUUUCGCGACGGAGGAGGAAGAAGUGUAUGGCGAAGCAGCAUGGAAGGAGCGCGAUCUCGAGGGUAAUGGGACUUCUACGUCGUCGUUCAAGAGAGAGGAGUUGAUGGAUGAGAAGGAGAGGGAAUUGGAGCUUGUUAGGCGCGCCGAGGAGGAGGCUAGACAUGGUACGGCUGGAAGGGAUGUUGGGACGGGUGGGAGUUUGGGUCGAGUUAGUGGGAUCGCGACGGGGGGUGGGAUGGGGGUGAAUAUGCCUGUGGAUGAAGAUGCAAAGUCGGCAUUGAAAAACAUUCAAGAAGGGGGGUUGGUUCAACUGUCCAUCGAUGUCAAAUCCGAAACCAUCAAACUCAACGCUACCGAGUCCAAUAUCUCGCCGAACGAGGUGGCCUCGCAUAUAUCGGACUCUUCGCCGCGAUAUACCUUCUAUCACUAUCCUGGGUCGAGCCUUGUCAUCUUUAUUUACACGUGUCCCUCAGGGUCGUCCAUCAAAGAAAAGAUGCUGUAUGCAAGCACGCGUCGAGUGGCGAUUCAGUUGGGUGAGGCGGAGGGUAUCCGGGCUGAGAAGAAGAUCGAAGGAUCGUCGCCGGACGAGAUCACUGCUGCACGACUGCAGGAAGAGGUCGCUCCACGACAGGACGAAGGACCAAAACGGGGAUUCGCCAGACCCAAGCGUCCUGGCCGAUAG